AUGUCGAAAGCUGAAGACCCUCUGCAUAAAUUUGAGCAGCAGUUUCAGGCGUUUGUGAAAAAUAACCCAAAUGUGGCAUCAGCAGCUCACAGUGCUUCGCAGAUCCCAGAAUCGGCCAAAGCAGUGGUGGUCUUGUCGCCGCUGUCUUUAGAGCACCAGUUUUCGCGGCACUGGGUCUCAAAAUCGUACCGGAAAACCAUUGUAGAGCGUCCAGAGCGGCUACUGGCCUGCUCCAUGGGAAUUGGAGCUGCCAUAACUAUGUAUCCGGCACUUUUCACGCUCAAAUCCUCACAUACCCGGCAAACCUCACUACUUGCGGACCAUGUGCUGAAAGUUCAUGGUAAAGACUGGCCCCAGGAAUUGUUGAAGCUAUGCCAGAAUUCCACGAAGGCCUUAGAUAGAUGCCAGGUCGAAGUUCCGGAGUCCUGGAAUGUGGGUGACAUUUACUUGUCCCAGCAAACCAUUGACGCUGUUCAGGGUUCUAUUGGUGCAUUGGAAAUUGGUGUUGACUCCAUUUUUCACGGGCCUUCUGUCGAAGAGACGAGCAAUCGUGCCUUUGUGGCUUUGAGGCCUCCAGGCCACCAUUCGCACGCAUCAACCCCGUCAGGGUUUUGUUUAUUGAAUAACGCACACAUCGCCAUCGAAUACGCCGCGGACACCUACGGUGUGACGCAUGCGGUGGUUUUAGAUUUCGAUCUACACCAUGGCGAUGGCACUCAGGACAUUUGUUGGAAAAGAGCAGGCUUUAAACCUGAUGAAUGUGUCGAUCCAGACCCGAGCUACAAUGAAUUUGGCAAAAAGUUUGCAGAAUACCCCAAAGUGGGAUAUUUUUCGCUGCACGAUAUCAAUUCCUUCCCAUCAGAGCUUGGAUACGCUACUAAAGAUAAUAUUCGGAAUGCUGCUACUUGUAUUAUGGAUGCGCACGACGUGAACAUCUGGAAUGUUCAUUUACAGAGCUACGAUAGCGAAGAAGCUUUCACGAAGCUAUACCAAACCAAAUAUAGAACGAUUUUUGCGAAAGCCGAUGAGUUUUUCAGGACCGCGAAGCACACCAUGAAAGCACUCGGAAAGCCUUUCAAAGGUCUAGUGGUAAUCAGCGCUGGUUUUGAUGCAUCCGAGUAUGAACAGGCAUCGAUGCAAAGACACGGAGUAAAUGUUCCAACUUUCUUUUACAAUAUGUUCACCAAAGAUGCCUUGAAGCUGGCUCAAAUGCACUCUCAUGGUAAAGUUUUGUCUGUGAUGGAAGGAGGUUAUUCCGAUGGGGCCGUUGCAUCCGGAGUUUUUGCGCAUUUAAUAGGGCUACAAAACCAAAAUUGGAUCAAUGAAUGGGGAUCUGCCCAAGUUGUGAAAGAAAUUACCCGAGGGUGUAAACCAAAUUGGAAACCUUACAAAACAAAGCGAGCCCGGGAUGUGAUAAGAAUCUGGGCCGAGGAAGUUAUCAAACUGGGGCGCUCCAUGAUCCCCGAGUUUGAGCGAGUUCUGUUCCAGCCGGAAGAGGAAGAAACUAAGGUUAGCUCGGGAAAGCGAGUGACUAGAUCCGCGAAGGGAGCUGUGCCCGCGAUCCCGGAACCCAUCGCCGUGGUGAAAACACCUACAUCACUGCCUCGCAGCGAAACUCCGACGCCGAACGACAAACGCUACAUUACCAAACAAGAGAACUCGGAGUCCGAGCCUGUGCCGUUCGUGCAGCAAAAUCUGGGCAGUGGAGAUGAUGAAGACGAUGAAGACGACGACGACGACGACUACGAGUAUGAUGAGGAGCUCAAUAAGACAUUCAACCGUACGGUCGAAGAUAUUACAAUCGAUGAUAUUUCUAGACAUUUAGAGACUCUGGAUAUUGAACCAGUUCUGCCUGCAGCCACCUCUUUAUCAGGCACCUCCUCUUCUUCUUCUUCGUCGUCUUCGUCUUCUACGUCUACCAAAUCUCGAGGCACGGGCGGUGCUCCAGAUACGAGACCGCAUACACGGGCCACGACCCGCAACGAAUCUUCUGCUCCCACCGAGAACCGCCGGCCGCUGUCUGCGUCUGGAACCCAGAACUACAAGAUCCCGUCCGGUUCAACAACUCGCCAUCUACGAAACAGCCGGACCUCUCGUUUGAUGAACUUUGACGACAGCGACAUAUCCAUGAUCUCGCAUAUUUCUACAGCCAAGGGCCACCACACCACGCGAAGUGGGCAGACGAAGUGGUAG